CCCUGGGAGCAGAAACAAUUACUUGAGCUAAAGAGGGUCACUUCACCACAGUAAGUUCGAGCCCUUAAGUGCAAAUAUUAGACGAGGUGGCUGGAAAUUCAUCAGCUGUGCGUCCAUCUCGAGAAGUCAGAGAGAGCGACGUAAACCGACAGAGAGAAGGGAGAUGAAAGGAAUCGCAGGAAUCAGGGAAACAGAAAACAAAGUUUCGGCGGAGGCGUCAUGAGAGCCCGAGGCUGGCUCUUCCCGCCGCGCGGCCGGCGGGCCCCUGGCUGGAGGAGCUGGAGGUCCAGGGAGCUCGGACUUGGAGUGAGGUCGACGGCUGCUUCGUGCCGGCGUCGGGGCACGGCGUUAGGGGCUUCAUCCCAAACCGAGCUCCUUAGGGGGCUGCCACCUGGCUCCCAGGGGCCAGGAACUCAGGGGGGCACUUCCUUGGAAGCCCCCAUGGGAGACGUGGCGUCAGGUGCCCAUUGGAUCUGUAGCUGGGGGGCUGGCGAGGCACCAGUGGUGAACUCAUGCCUGAGCCCCCCUCCCCAGAGCCAGGGCCCCCCAGGGGGGGCGGGUCACCAGGAGGAGGGGGACGCAUGUUAGGGACAGCCUCAGGGUUGGUAUUUGCCCAAAGGAAGUGGACACUUGUGUCCACGCUAAAGGCUGCCCGCGGAGACUCAGCGUGGGAAGAUACGCACGUGUGCCCGGUGCCUGGACAGCGCGUAAAAACGGUUAAAAGGGAAAACGUUUAUUAUGUACACUUUACCACAAUUUUUUUUAAAUUGGAAAAAAAAAAAACUAGGAGACAGAAGAGAGAGCAGCCCACGCCUGUCGCGCCAUCUGCUGUGGGUCAAGGGUGAGCGGAGGAAGGCGGGCUCCCAGCAGCCAGAGGGGCAGAAGGGGCGGAAGUGGGGACGGGGCCUUACUCUGCACAGCCCAGGGCCCGGGAAGGGUAGGGCAUGAAACGGGCGGCUGUGAGAAGGCCACCUCUGAGCAGGUGACAUCGGAGCGGGUGAGGGGACGGGCUGCAAGUCCGUGACUGAACGGCAUUCUAGGCAGCGGACGAGCACAUGCGGAGGGCUUGGGGGAGGAGGAGGCAUGGGCGGGGGACCUUCAUUGUGUUUUUAUUUAAAAUACUCUUAAAGAGACCGUGACUCAGGGUUGAAGCUGCCUGGUCAGUGGUCUGCAGCUGGAGGGUCCCUGACACCGAGCUCCUCUGGCUGUAGGUCCUGGGCUCGAGUCUCGCGGGGUCCAGAAGUGGGGCGGGGAGCUGUCAGGUGCUACCCCAGCCCAGGGCCAGGCUCGUCAGGCCAGCUCUGCAGGUGCUAAGGCCAGCAAGCUAGGACAGGCAGAGCGGCACAGAUGGACAGGACACCCCCAGGCCGACCAUCGUGACUUCCCUUCCCCUGGGUCCCUGAAGUCCGGGAGGGAAACUGUCCCAUUGUUCGAGGCUGGAGCGAGGAGGCGGGGCCAGGGCCCAGGGCCUGCAGGGAGCCCCCCCCCACCUCCCCCAACGCUCUUGGCUCCACUUCCCCGGCGAGAUGAAGGUGCUCGCAGCUCUCCUGCUCGCCCUGCUGUUAUGCAGGCAGCCAGGGAGAGGGCGGGCACAGGACGAGGAGGACGAUGGCGAGGGCGUGGGGAUGGACAGCUACGAUGACGACGAGGACGAGGACCGGGAAGCCGGCGUGACGGCGGGCGGAGAGCCGCCACGAUGCUUCGCCUGCCAGUCCCUGCACAGCGGAGAGGGCUGCAGCCAGAUUCAGAGCUGCCCCCUCGGCCAGACCGUCUGCAAAACGCUCAUAUCCCAAGGGGACACCGGUGAGCUGCCGCCCCAGGGCCUGGAGGACACAGCCCUCCCUCCCUCAUCCCUGUCCCCGCCUCUCCAGCGUGACAUGCCCUCUCUCCACUGCGCCCCCACCAGGGUCUGGUCCUCUGACCACCUACUCAGGGUGGUGUGCGGACACGUGCCAGCCCUUCGCCAAGAAAGUAGAGACGACCCUGAUGACCGUGACUUGCUGCCAGACUACCUUGUGCAACGUUCCACCGUGGCAGGGCCCACAGGGCCCUCAGGGCAGUGGGGCAGGAAGCCCCCGGGGCGUCGCAACGCUGGCCACCGCCCUGCUGCUCAGCCUCCUCCCUGGCCUCCUGGGGGCGGGGUCCUGAGCGGGGCGGCGCCCUCGCCUCCCCGCUGGGCUUGCACUCUGGAGGGCCAGCACCCUGUCCAAUGGCCCCUCCUGUCCCCGCCCCCAGCUUUGGAGAGUAAACUUGGAGCGUUUUGAAUGGUCCAGCCGGCACUGGCUCCUCCCAGCUCAUCUGCAUUCCCUGGGGGUCCCGUCUGGUGUCUCUGUGCUCCUCUGCCACUGCCCGGACCAUGGGAUGGCCAGCACAUGGCCUCCGGGCGAGGAGGCCUCAGCCUCUCACAGGACAGGUCCGCACUGCUCCGGGCAGAGAAGACACCAUGUGCCCCAGUGCCGGGGAGCCCCCCCCCGACUCCCCCCAGCUUC